CUCAGGCUAUGGCGCUUCCUGAGUGGAUGGUAACGUUCGUGGUCGCUGCAUCCUUCUUCUGUUUCUUCUGUUUAUUUCUUCGGUACAGGCGGUCCACGACAGCGUUUUGCUGGAAGCUAGUUAGCAGGAUAAUGGCUCGAACAGAGAAGCCGCUGUUCCGAAUCGCAUACACUCUUUACACGAGGACCAGACUGGGUUAUAUGUACUACAAAAGGCAAAUGAGGAAAGCCAGGGAAAAUUAUCCUGCUGGACAUUCUGCAACCCAUCCCAUGGAGUUUAACGGUAUAAAAAUAAUUCCCAUCUCAGUGCUGUCUGACAACUACAGCUACCUUAUAAUCGACACUGCAUCCAGUGUUGCCGUUGCUGUAGACCCUGCAGACCCUCAAAAAGUUCAGGCAGUGCUUGAGGAAGAGGGAGCCAUGCUAGAAGCUAUACUUUGUACACACAAGCACUGGGACCACAGUGGGGGCAACAAAGGUCUGAAAAGGCUACACAGUUCAUGUCACGUGUAUGGAAGCGCCGCAGAUAACAUUCCUGGCCUCACGCACCCCCUCUCACACAGAGACUCUGUGAAAGUCGGUCGGAUGCACUUUAAAGCUCUGUUCACACCUGGACACACCGUGGGUCACAUGAUCUACCUCCUGGAUGGCCAAGCAGUCGGUUCCCCCUCCAGCCUCUUCUCUGGUGAUCUGGUGUUCCUCUCCGGAUGUGGGAGGAUGUUUGAGGGCAGCGCCACAACGAUGCUCUCAUCGCUGGACACGGUUGUUUCAUUAAGUGACGAUACUUUACUAUGGCCAGGUCAUGAGUAUGCAGAGGACAACCUGCUGUUUGCUGCUGAGGUCGAGCCACGAAACGCUGUUAGGGAGAACAAAUACCAGUGGGUGCUGCAGCAAAGAGGCCAGAAGCUGUGUUCGAGUCCCUCCACCAUCGGGGAAGAGAAGCAGUACAACCCUUUUCUACGCAGCCACUCUGCAGAGCUCCAUCAGGCUCUGGGGAUCCAGCAGCUCCCAGAUGAAGACUGGACCCAGUUCAGGGCAAGGGUCUUAGAGGAACUGAGAAAAUGCAAAGACCACUACAACAGGAGGUAGUAAAACAGGACUGCCAUACGACAAUAUAAAGAAAAGAGCUCACUGUUGGUGGAAAUGAGUGAUCUUUAAGGUUAUGGUAUUUGAAAGUUCAUGAAUGGGCAUUAUGACAUUUUGAAAUUAAUCUGUGACCAAAAGGACCAAUAGGUGCAUCUUCCCCAUUUAAUCAUACCACAACAUAUAAUAGACCCAUUUCCCUCCAGGGGUUGUAGGUUAAUUACAAAUGUAUUUUGUAAUCUAGAUUAGAAGGAGUGCUAAAUCACUUAGGCAGACUAUAAAUGCACAUACAAUAAGUGAGUAUGUUGUGGUUGAUCUACAAAGAUGGCGUACACGAUUCAUAAGAUGCACAAACAGGUUUGAUAGCCCUGAGUUAAAUGGGUAAAUUGCAUGUAGAGAGCAGCUGUGAAAGUAAGAGGAAAUAUUGCCAUGGAUUGGAGGUAAUGGAUACUUAAAAAAUAAUAAUUAUAUAGGAUAUGGAUAUCAUUUGUACUCUACAUAUGGGUAGGUCAGACUGUUGCAAAUAAAAAAGAAACAUUUAAAAAUCCUGAUUUACACCUGCUGAAGAUCAGCUUUGGGUGUGCUAAAAAGUUUGCACUCGUUUUAUUACACACAAACUCUAAAGAUCAGGUCUGUAAAGCUGCAUGACUGAUGUUUGGUUGUUUUACAAGUAGCUUCAGCCGGGUUUGUGUUAUCGGUACCUUAAGCAGUUUAGCCAGUGAGGUACUGAAUUGUUUGCUCUUAAAAUACAACUCAGAGGACUUCUAACUGAUAAGGUUUGAUCUGCAGGCCUUUUGCACGGUUUCAAGUCCUGAUUAAGACUUGUUUUUUUCUCUGUCAUCAUUUAUGGACUGAAGUGUUUGGUUUUGAUAUAUGUUUUUGUAAUGCAAAGUUCAGAGUUACGUUGAAUUUAACAA